AUGCCGCCCAAAGCUCACAAGAAAUUUGGAGAUGAUGGCUCUGAGGCUCCUGUUGGGUCACCUAAACCCGCCAUCUCUUCUAACGCGGCUAAAAACGCCCUCAUGGCCCACAAAGUGUCCAAGCCUGGAAACAAGCGAUCUAUUGUGUUUCCACAGGCCAAGAGGAAUAAUUUGGCAUUGCGACGACUUAGCGGUGCCAAGAGAGAGUACGGUUUGAAGCGUCGAUUGACUAAGGAGCCUGAGGAGGAGAUUAGGACCAAGAAGAGUAAGCUGGAGGAGGUUGGCGGAAAGAAGCUGAAUGGGAACAAGGGACAUCCUGUUGAGAAGCAAUCUGUCUCUGUGGACGAUGUCGUUGACGACAGUGAUUCUGACUCUGGAGCCUCUUCGUCCGAGGACGAGAGCAUGGUUCCUGUUGAGGAGCUCUCUUCUGAAGAGGAGGAUGGCGAUUUCGACGAUGCUGAAUCUCAGGAUGACAGCGACGACUCGGACGACAGUGACGCAGAAUCUAACAGUUCAGAGUCAGAUAGCGGUAUGACUGUCGAGGAAAAGCGAGCUCUGGAGCUCAAGCGACUGUUGCAAGACGAUCUGGAGGAGGAUGAUGAAGAAGCAUGGGAGAAGAAACGGGCUGAGUCCAAGAAGGAUUCCAAGAAGUCGAAAAACGCAUCAAAGACCGGCACUAAUGGAUCUGCCAAAAUCGUGAACUUCUACUCAGAUUCGGAUGAAUCUGAUUCUGACGACUCCGCUCCUGCUUCUUUUGGUGAUCGUAAGAAGCUAGCUUUGAAGCUGCUGGAGACUCGAAAGACUCUGCAAAUCUACAAGUCGCGCCAUGAGCUCAUGGAGCACGUGCUUUCCAACAAAGUAACCGUCCUGAUCGGAGAAACUGGUUCCGGUAAGUCUACUCAGCUGCCCCAGUUUCUGCUGGAGUCUUCUCCUGAUGAAAAGAUCGCUAUUACUCAGCCCAGACGAGUUGCUGCCAUUUCGCUGGCUAAGCGAGUCUCCGAGGAGUACGGUUGCACUCUUGGAAAGGAGGUCGGUUACACCGUGCGUUUCCAAAACCAGAGUAGCCCAAGCACUAAGAUCAAGUACCUCACCGAUGGUAUGUUGCUUCGAGAACUCAUGCUAGACAAUGAUCUGAGCAAGUACUCAACGGUUAUUCUUGAUGAGGCACACGAGCGUACAGUUCUGACAGAUCUUCUUCUUGGAUUUCUCAAAAACCUGGUCCAGAAACGAGACAAUCUGAGAGUCGUGGUCAUGUCUGCUACACUUGAUGCUGAGCGAUUUGCCAACUUCUUUGAUGGCUGUCCCAUUCUGCUGGUCGAGGGCAAACAGUAUCCCGUUGAGCGGUUCUAUCUGCCGACUGGAGCUGACGAUAUCGUUGAUACAGUGUGUCAGAGUGUGGUCCAGCUCAACAGCUCGGAACUGUCUGGAGAUAUUCUGGUCUUCUUAGCUGGUCAGGAGGAAAUUGACAAAUGUGUCGAUGUUAUCAACGAAGUCGCCGACAAGGUGUCCAAGAAGGUACCUCUGAUGGUUCCCCUUCCUUUGUACGCGUCUCUGUCUCCUAUUAAGCAGCAGGCUGUAUUCAAGCCCGUCAAGCCAAACCAGCGAAAGGUCAUUUUCUCCACAAAUAUCGCCGAGACAUCGCUAACCAUCUCCGGAGUGCGUUAUGUGCUCGAUACUGGUCUACGGAAGGUUAAGGUGUGGAAACCGGAGCUUGGACUCGACACUCUGUUGACUACCCCAAUUUCGCAGUCGUCAGCUCAGCAACGAAUGGGACGAGCUGGUCGAGAGGCGCCCGGAAAGUGUUUCAGACUGCUGCCUGAGUCGGACUACUCCAACCUCGCCCCUCAAACCGAACCUGAGAUUCUUAGAUGCGAUGUGGCUAGUGCACUUCUCAUGCUUAAGAAGGCUGGUGUUGACAAGGUGCACCGAUUCCCCUGGAUCCAGAAGCCUAGCAAACAGGCUAUUUCGUCGGCUCUGCUCAAGCUGUACGCACUGAAGGCUCUCGAUGACAAUGGAAAGAUCACAGAUCUCGGCCACAAGAUGGCCGUUCUGCCUGUGACACCACAUUUGGCUGGUGUUCUCAUCCAUGGAUGUCAGUCUGGUGUUGCUCAGAACGUCAUUGACAUUGUUGCCUGUCUGUCUGUCGAGAACCUGCUCAUGAACCCUCAUGCUGAGGUGCGAGAUGAGGUGAACGAGAAGCGACGAAACUUAUUCCCCCAGGCUCUGAAGCACGGAGAUCUAGCUCUUCUUCAUGGUCUGAUCCGAAUGUACAUGUCCAUGAAGGACUCUAAGGACCGCACUCUGCUGUGCAAGGAGAUUGCUGUGAACCAGAAGAGUCUGAAGAACGUGCUGCAAAUCAGACAGCAACUAAGAGGCUACCUUGAGAAGGUGUGUGACUUGUCUGAGAAUGACGAUGACAAGGCUGACUUCUCUACUAUCAUCAAGAUCUUCCUGGCUGGUUUUAUUAACAACACUGCCUUGGGAUCAUCUGAUAGACAGUACAGAACUGUUAACGGAGGACAUAAGAUUGCCAUUCACCCGUCGUCCAUGAUGUUUGGAAAGAAGAUUGACGCCAUCAUGUACGUCGAGUACGUGUUUACCACCAAAGGAUAUGCUCGAACAGUGUCUCCUAUUGAUCUUGCAUGGUUGCAGGAGAUUGCCCCGCAUUUCUUGGGCAACAGACAGAGAGAUGAUUAA